AUGACGAAGAGUAUGAUCGGUAUCGGAGUGCUGUCUAUUCCAAUCUCCUUUGAUACCCUGGGCAUCGUGCCCGGAGUCAUCAUCCUAAUCACCAUGGCUACUAUCACAACCUGGUCAGACUAUAUUGUUGGCGUAUUCAAGCUGCGACACCCCGAGGUCUAUAGUAUCGACGAUGCAGGAUAUCUGAUGUUUGGCCGUCCAGGCCGAAUCAUAUUUGGAGGCGCAUUUGUUCUCUAUUGGAUCUUCGUCGCUGGAUCUGGUAUGCUGGGCAUAUCAAUCUCUUUCAAUGCCAUGUCCAGCCACGGUGCCUGCACAGCAGUCUUCGUUGCUGUUGCCGCUAUCAUUGGCUUCUCACUUGGAAGCAUCCAAACAUUAGCGAAGAUCAGUGCGAUAGCCUGGGUUGGGCUAAUUGGAAUGCUCACUGCAAUUUUCAUGGUCACUAUCGCCGUUGCUGUCCAAGACCGACCGUCCUCCGCGCCACAAGACGCUGUCUGGGUCCCCGACUACAAGAUAGUAGGUAAUCCCUCGUUCACGAAAGCCAUUACCGCGGUAUCGACUCUCGUCAUGGCAUAUGCUGGAACACCGGGUUUCUUCCCUAUCGUCUCUGAAAUGCGCGACCCCACCAAAUACACCCGAGCGCUGCUCUGCUGCCAGACCAUAGUCACCGUGACGUAUCUCAUUGUUGGCAUCGUGGUUUACAUUUACUGUGGAUCAUAUGUUGCCUCACCGGCCUUGGGAUCUGCUGGUCCGCUCGUGAAGAAAGUGAGCUAUGGCUUCGCUCUUCCGGGACUAAUGGUGACUACUCUACUGGUCAUCCACAUCUCGGCUAAGUAUGUUUUCGUUCGCAUCCUCCAUGGAUCCAGGCACCUGACUACGAAUACUCUGAUCCACUGGGCUACAUGGCUUGGUUGCACUGCAGCAAUCACUGCCAUUGCGUAUAUUAUCGCUAGCAGUAUCCCGGUCUUCAAUGAUUUGGUCUCGCUCGUCGGGGCUUUGCUGGGUACUCUCAUGUCAUUCCAACCCAUGGGCUGUAUGUGGCUUUAUGACAACUGGGCUAAGGGCAAAACUGAGAAGUCAAUCAAGUGGAUGCUUAUGGUUGGGUUCAGUUGUUUUGUGGUUUUGUCUGGAACAUUCCUGAUGGUUGCCGGUACCUAUGGCUCUGCGGUCAGCAUCAAGGAGAGUUAUGCGGCAUCCGGCGGAUCGUCAGCGUGGUCGUGCACCGAUAACUCGAACUCUUGA